AUGUUUUUUAACAAUAACAAUAAUAGUAACAACAAUAAUAGUAACAAUGAAGAGAAGAAUAACUUGUUCAGCAAAAGCAAUACAAUGAAUAACAAUGGACUAUCAGCAAAUACGUCGAACAUGUGGAACAUGUCAAGUAACAGUUUAAGUAAUACCAAUUUUUUUGGGAAUAAUUUAAAUAACGAAAAUAAUUUGAAUAAAAACAAAAGUAUAUUUAAUAGCAAUAUGAAUAAUCAAACAGAUUUAAUGAAAAAUAAUAGUUUUUUUGGUAGUAGCAGCAGUAGUGGUAACAAUAUGAACAAUCAGAACGAUUUAAACAAAAAUAACAAUAGCCUUUUUAAUAAUAGCAACUUAAAUAAUCAAACCGGUUUAAUGAAAAACAAUAGUUUCUUUGGUACUAACAUGAAUAAUCAGAAUAAUAUGAACAAAAACAAUAAUAGCAUAUUUGGAAAUAGUCUCAAUGUUCAAAAUAAUAAAGGUAAUUCAAUUUUUAGUAACUCACCAAAUGAUAUAAAUAAAAAUAAUAGUAUAUUUGGUAAUCUUUCUUCAAACGUCGGUGGGAAUACUUCAUCAAAUUCUUUUAAUGAGAAUUUAUUUAGUGCAUCAAAAAAAGAUAUAUAUCCAGGUUUCACAAGGAAUUUGGUCGGAAACACGACAAAUAAUAAUAAUUCUAAUAUCUUUAAACAGAGUACAUUAGGAAGUUCAAUUGCGUUAGGUAGUCAAUUAAAUGAAGACAGGAACACCGAAUCUUGUGGACUUUUUUCAAAGGAACAAUUAGAAGCAGCAAAACAAAUUUUCGCAAAUUCUUCUAGCUCAAAUGCACUCUCAAGUUUUAAUAAUAACAAAAUGAAUAACAACAAUAGUAAUAAAUUAACAUUUAGUGGAGGGUUUUCAUCAAGUUCUAAUGCAUUUGCAAAAAAUAAUUUAAAUCCAUUUCAAAGCAUGGCUUUACAAGCAACAUCACAAAAUGACAAAUCCUCAACAUCAUCGUCACUGUUAAAAGAUAAUACAACCAAUUCAUUUUUCGCAAGUGCUAAUACUAACAAAAAUACUGAUGGAAAACCGAAUACCUUUGGAAUUUCUAGCAUGAAUAAUCAAAAUUCAACAAAUAAAUUAAAUAGUUUUUAUAAUUUUAGUCAAACUAUUAAAUCAUUUAAUCCAAAUGAAAACAGUUUAUUUUCAACACAAAACAAUGAGAAUUCGAGCACAUUCAAUAUUAAUAAUAAUAAUAAUAGCAGCACCUCUAAACCCAUAAUAUCCAAUUUUAACUCCUUCAGUUCGUUUGUAAAAACAAAUACGAAUGAUUUGUUUAGUUCUAAUAAUAACAUCAACAGCUCGCCCUUUUUACCAUCAUUUAAUAAAACCGCAAGUAGUAGUGAGAGCCUUUUUAGUGCAAAUUCGUUCAAAAUUUCAAAUGAAGUUAAAACUAAUGAAAAUCCAUUCCUUUUUAGUAAUAAUAAUAAUUGUAACAGCAAUAAUGAUAGAACCAGUAAUAAUAAUAAUAUUAACAACAAUAGUAGCAGCAGCCUAAGUGGUAAUAAUCUGAAAAAUGAAGGAUUUUCCAAGAACUUUUCACUGUUUUCUGAUAAUAUGCAACAUAAAAAUAUUUCAUCGGAUAAUGAUAAUAAGAACAAUGAAUUGGGUAAAAUAUUCGAAAAUAAGACAGACAAAUCAGAAGCUACUAAUAAUACCGUUGAAGAAGAAAAAGUCAAAAAGGAAAAUACUACAGAGGAAAAUAAUGCGGAAAAAGAAGCUCCACAGACAGAAAAAUCGAAUUCUGAGAAAGUUGAUAAAACGGAAAUAGACGAGAUUAAAGCUGAAGCAAUAAAAGAAAAGGAACAAGGUGAAGGGGAAAAUGCGAAUGCUGUAAUAGGAAAGCAAGAAAUAGAAUUAGCAAAAGAAUCUAAAGAAAAAUUAGCUGAUAGUAAAACCUCUUCUAAUGUAAAGGAAUUUGUUAAAGUUGUUGAAAAUGAUAAUAUGCAAAAUGAUCUGGUGAAACAAGCUGAAAAUACAAGUAAAAAUGAAAAAACUAAUAGUGAAAAGGGAGAUGAUAAUAAUAAUAGUAAUAAUGACAAAAAUAGUUACACUGAUAAUAAUAACAAUGCUGAUAAUGAUAAUAAUAAUAAUAAUAAUAACAGUAACAGCCUCUAUGGAAGUAACUCUCUUUUGGGUUCUUCCAUUUUAAAAUAUAGCACAAACAAUAAUAACAGUAUAAUAGAAAACUUUGGGACAACCAGUGCUUCCGACAAAAAUAAGGAGAAAAACGACAGCGCCACACCUAAUUUACUUUUAGAAUAUGACGAAAAAAAGAAAAAUGAAGAAAAAGAUAAAUCAGAUGCAAAUAAUGAACAACAGGUAUUAUCUAAUUCAGGAAAGAGUGAUCUAGUGACAAAACAAAAAGAGGAGUUUUCAUUUAUUUUAAAGGAAACGCCCAUUAAUGAAAAAUCAAUAUCAACAGAUUCCAUUUUUAAAGAAAAACUUAAUGAAAAUAAUAAAUUAAUUGAAAUUGAUGAAAAAAAAGACGAGGAGAAAAAGGAAAAAUCUUUAAGUGAAGAUCAGAAAGGGAAAGAAACCACCAUCGCACAGAACACAUCCUUAAUUAAUUUUGAUAUUUCAGAAGGAUUUUUAAAGAACGAAUCGAAGGGAAUUAUGGAAAAGGAGCAGAAAGAGAAGGGUAAAGAGGAGAGAGAAAAAGAUGCGGAAGAAACGAAACCGGAGGAAAAUAAUGCGCAAGAAGGCAAUUCUGGAGUUGUAGAGGUAGCUGAAAAAACUAAUGCAUUAAAAACAGAGGAAAAGAAAAAAUUUUGGAUGUUUUCAUUUUCGAAGAAAAAGGAACCUAAAGAUCAAAGUGAACAAAAUGAACAAAAUGAACAAAAUGAACAAAAUGAACAUAAUGAACAGAAUGAACCAAGUGAGCUUAACGAGCAAAACAGAACGUAUGAACCAAUUGACAGUCUUAGCAACACCUUACUCACGACAACUUUCAACUUAGGCACAAAAAAUAAUUUUUUCGAUAACAUAAAAAAGGAAGAUGAAAAAAAAAAUGAAGACGAUAAUAUAAUGAAAAGUGUAAAUUUUUCCGAUAUUUCUCCAUUUGGUAAAACCUUUCAAGGAAAUUUUAAUAAAAAUAAUUUAUUUUCCCAAGCAGAAGAGAAGAGUAACUUCCUACUUUCUUCCAACAGUACUUCAAACUUUUUCAACAUGUCAUUGAGCAGUAUUAAAAAUGAACCUCAAAAGGUGACCCAAAAUAAUAACUUUGAGGAAGAUCAAGAUGUAAAUAAUGUAAGAAAUAUGAUAAAUUUUAUUUCUUUAGAAAACAGAAAAAAAAAUGUAUAUAUUAGUAACAAACAGGAGAAUGAUGAACACAAUAAAACAAAGCAAGACAUCUCACUAAGUGCAGAUAUAGAUAUGAACAUAAAUCAUAUAGAUAAUAUAAAUAACUUAAGUAACUUAAAUAACAUAAAUGACAUAAAUAAUAUAGAUAACUUAAAUAACAUAAAUAAUAUAGAUAACUUAAAUAAUAUAUAUAAAAAUAAUGAUGUAACUGUAGAGCAUCAUCCACAAGAACUUCAGUUUAAUUUCCAGUUGAAAGAAACCAAGGGAACACUUCGAAAUAAUGAUAAUACAAAAGAUAUGAAUUUUCAAGAUUUUCAAUUUAUGCCUAAUCAGAAUAUGCAACUUCAAAUGGAACAACAAAAACAGCUAGAAAGAGAAAGAAGAAUGGUUGAAAAAAACAUAAAACAAAAUGAAACAUAUUUUAAAAAAAGUCUAGAUGAAGAAUUGAUUAUUGACGUUAUUAAUAAUUUAUCUUCUUUUGUUAAAAAUAAAAUUAAUUUUAUGAAUUAUUGUUCUAAUGAAAUAUUAGAUAUAUACAAUAAAGUAGCUCAUUAUGAAAAAAUGUAUUCUUUAAUAUCAGAGGAUCAAAUAAAAAUUGAGAAAAAACAAGAGGCAUUAGAAAAAAGAUUAAGACUUAUACAAAGUGAACAAUCAGAUAUGCUAUCCUUACUUAAUGAAUUAGAUAAUGAGAAUUCCUUAAGCUUUUUAAAAAUUCUAAAUGAAAAAAAUCUAAGUAAAGAUGACACUGUAAAUAGUAAAAAUCUUUACUUAGAUAUUGAUAAUUUUGAAAAACUAGUUGAUAAAAUGUGCAACUUGGAGGAUUUAUUGGACACUCUACACAAUAUUGGCAAGGAUGAUUUAGUAAAUGACCUUGUUAAUAAAUGUUAUGCCAAUGAGAUAAAUUGUGAUAUGAUCGAAAAACAACUAAAUAAUUCUUCUAAUGAACUAAGAAAUAUGAAAUAG